AAGAAUUAAACAAAGAAACUUCACACUCGUUAUACUUCCAAUUUUCUUUUUCCCUUUGUUGUUACGUUACUCAAAAAUUUUCGAUUAAUACUUUCAUUCUUCGUUCAAUUUUCUCCUUCUUUUUCAUUCCUCAUUUAUUUUCUUCAUUUUCGUUAAACACAAAUAUGAGCAUCACACAAGCACAAGUAGGCACGACAGGAUUCAAACCGUGCCCGUGCACAUGCCCGGGCCCGGGCUGGGCCUAGCAAAAGUAACAAAUGGGUUUGCACGACAUGAAAUAAAUGGGAUUGAAGCAUGUCUGUGUCGUGCCGGCCCAAGCACGGCCCAACGCCCAUGUACAAGUGGAUGAUUAUAGUCGUGUUGUUUGGGUGUUCUUGAUGAAGUUUAAGUCAGAAGUUAGUCGCCACUUACUUUAUUUCUAUCACAUAGUGCAAGCUCAAUUUCACAAGCAGUUUCAUCGUAUCCAGGCAGAUAAUGGUCUGGAAUUUGCCACUUCUGAGUUACGGGACUUUUAUGAGAAUUCCGGUAUUAUUCUGCAGACUUCUUGCACCGACACUCCGCAACAAAAUGGUGUGGUCAAACGGAAACAUCGCCAUUUGUUGGACACAACUCGUGUUAUCCUCUUUCAUGCCAAUAUCCCGGUGACCUUUUGGAGAGAGUGUGUCUUAACUGCGGCCUAUCUACUUAAUCGGUUGCCUCUUACUCCCAUUGGCAAUCGUUCGACCUAUCAGCUUAUUUUUGGUAAGGAUCCUUCAUACGAGCACUUGCACAACUUUGGUUGUCUGGUCUAUGCGCGUGACAAUCAUCAUUGGUUGGAUAAGUUUGGCUCUCGUGGUCGCGCACGUAUAUUUGUUGGUUAUCCGGGCACUCAACGUGGGUAUCGCAUCUGGGACUUGGAGCAGAAAAGGAUCUAUACGUCACGCGACGUCAAGUUCCUUGAGCAUAUUUUCUCACACCAGCUCUCGACUUCCCCUAAUGCUUCUCAGCCGCAUCUGGUGGGUGUCCCUUCCUCGAUGCCCCCUGCUUCGUCGUCUUUCGUUGAUAACUCGCCUUGCCCUUCAUCUCCUGUCGUCCCCGUUGAGUCCACCUGCCCAACCUCUCAGAGGCCUGGCAGGCCUCCUCCCAAAUCCUCUCGAUAUCAUUCCCCGCCCAUCGUUACUUCUCCUGCACAGUCGACGCCACCUGUCACUCCUUCUCCAGUUGCUCCCUUGCCUGCCUCCACUUCGGCGGCUCAGUCUUCUCCUCCCACCGUCUUGGUUUCGCCUGGUCCUGCUAGCUCUCCAGCUCCUCGACAAGGUGACCGUAUUCGUCAACCGUCCACUCGUCUAGGUGGAUAUGAUGUCAACCUACCCGAUUUUGCACACUCAGCCGAAGUCACUUAUCCGCUGGAUGAUCACUUAUCCGCUUUUCACUUAUCGUCGGGGGUCUACCUUUGUUGCUACUCUUAUAUAUGUCGAUGACUGACACGCUACGACACAACACCAAACAGCGACCAAGUGUAAUCGCAGUCCAGGAAUGCAGUAAAGUGGCAAGUCUAAUUAUCAACCCGGGGUCUAGAUCUACUGCCUACUCCGUGAAUAUCUAUUAUCUAGCAAACUAAGUUGAUUGAUUGUGGUUAUAACUAAAAGCAGUAAGAAAGCAGGAAUUGGUUCAGUUUUCUGAAGCAAAUGAAGAGUCACUCGGGAAUGAGUCCCCCCAGCUCCUUAGUUAGGUCUCAGUAGUAAUUACCCUGGGUUGAUUUACUGUUGAUUAAACUGCGGAAGAUCCGACAGUAGCUUGGAAUCUCUCAAGCUGACCAAGCCCUCUCAGGCUAACUACCCGGCGACUAGUCUUCACCGGGAUAAAAAGCUGAAGCAAUAAGCACAGAACUCCACUACUGGAAUUGGAUUCCAGUACAAAGCAGUAGACUGACUAACUCUCGUAUAGCCAAUCUACUACUACCGAAUGAAGAAGCUCUCACAACCUAAUCAGAUUCUAUCUAUCUCAGGUCGCAGUAGAAAUCAAGAAAAGCUGAUCAGACUUCAAUGAAUCAUGCAUCAUUCGAUUAAAACCAAACAGUAUAGCAAUCCCAAGUCAUUACAAUCAUGAUCCCUAACACAUGGAACUAGGGUUCUUCAUACCCAAGUGAAAGAAUCUGCUCUGGGAUGAUGAUUUUCACUCCUAUGAUGAUCUCCAAGCUUGAUUUGAUGAAACCCAGCUCCAAGAUCGCUUCUAGGGUGAGUUCUUCGCACUUUCUCUCUCUAGGGCUCUGUUUUUGCUCUGAAAAUUCGAUGCCUUCACUUGUGGCUCGAAAUUGGGUUAAAACCAGAAUUCCCGACUCACACGGGCAGGCCACACGGCCGUGUGGCCUUUCCUAGGCUGCCCGUGUGAGUGUGAAAACACAGAGUUUUGAUUAAGUGACUUCAGCCAUCCCACACGGCCGUGUGGACUUCCAGGGCGCCCGUGUGGCUUCUCAUCUUCUCGCCAAACGUCCAAACUUCGUCCAAUCGACCCCGAACUCGUUCCCAAACCUUCAUUCACGUACUAGGACCUGAAAUAUCACAAACAAGCACAACCUUGCGUGAAAUCGGCCUAAAACACGAGAAUCAACAUCUCAAACGGCUCAAGAAUAGGGGUAAAAACAUGUGCAAUUAACGGUCUAUCAAACUCCCCCACACUUAACCGUUUGCUUGUCCCCAAGCAAACGUGACUCAAACCAAUGCAACUCUCCAGACCUCUAUAGCAACAUGCAACCCCGAUCGUCGGUAGAGGAUUUUCUAGAUCAUUUAGCAACUUACGAGGUCAACUGGUCUUCUAAGACGCCUCCUAUCUCUCUCAAUGCGAGUACUGGAUCAUGAGAAGCAGUGAAACUAAGACAUUCAAUUCAUGGAUAAGGAGACUCACACAAUUCAACAACCAAGGACUCAUUGUAUCGGGUGCUUUUUCAUUUCAUUUCACUUGUUGGAACCCCUUCUUCUUACUAUUUGUUUUUUUUUUCUUUGCUGGGGUUCCAACUGCAGUUUGUAUACGCGGUCUGCCCUUAUUAGGUGAGCAAGAGCAAUUUCUGUACAUCUGUCACUCGCCAGAGUACUUCUUUUAACUCCUAUUCCUCACUUCGUGUGGAGGGUCAAUGAAAUUAAGGGGGAUCGGAAGCUCUAUCUGUGCCCUUAAAAACACAUCCUCAAGUAGGCAAACCGUUCAACGGGUGGAAAUUUUACUUGUACUAGAGACAACUUAGCUUCACCUUGUAGGCCUACCCCACCAAGGAUCACUAAAAUCUCUUCCAAAACCUGAUUUUGUGCAAUGAACGGUGCCACACACG